ACAAGUUCCAUGCACUUCGAAAGCUUCUGGCAGCAUAAUUUUGAGGUGUAGCCGCCGUCGGCCCUCAGGACAUUCAAAACCGAGCUUCAAAAUUAACAGUCGAAGAUGUCUGACAAAGAGCUUAGCCCCGCUGAAGAGGCUGCGGCCCGCGCCAAAGAGAAAGCCGAGCAGGAUGCGCUCCCGUACAAGUGGACCCAGACGAUCGGGGACCUUGAUAUCACCAUCUCAGUGCCGGGCAACAUCAAGGGGCGCGACGUAGUAGUCGAUAUCAAAAAGGACUCUAUCUCAGCAGGCAUCAAGGGGCAGGAUCCCGUCCUCAAAGGCACACUCCCCCACGCGGUCCGGGUCGACGACAGCACAUGGACAUUAUCAGCCGCGCCGGACGGGAACAAGGUGAUCGAGAUCCACCUGGACAAGGUGAACAAGAUGGAGUGGUGGGCGCACGUGGUGACAGACGCGCCCAAGAUCGACGUGACCAAGAUUGUGCCCGAGAAUAGCAAGCUGUCAGACCUCGACGGGGAGACGCGCAGCAUGGUGGAGAAGAUGAUGUAUGACCAGCGGCAGAAAGAGAUGGGCCUGCCGACGAGCGACGAGCAGAAGAAGAUGGACAUUCUCAAGAAGUUCCAGGAGCAGCAUCCCGAGAUGGACUUUAGCAAGGCCAAGAUUAAUUGAUCAAGCAACUGAGCGGGAUCCCAAAACGCUGUGGCUGUCCGAGUUGGUGUGAGAAGAGUUACAUGGCUGGUGCUGGGAUUGAGGCGUUUGGUUCUGGGGCUGGCACUCGGAUGUAAGACGCAGGGUACGGAAUCUGAAUGGCACAAUG